GCUUUCGGUUCGGUUCCACAGUUCAGUAUCAACGCAGACACGCGAAGAAGUGGAAGUACGCGCGCGUUCCAUCCCCGCAGCAAAAACGUCGUCGUGCGCGCUUCAUCGUGUGGUUUUAUUUGAAAAUCCCAAAAAAAAAAACGUACCUCUCGAACCUGCCUACCAAACCAACACCACCCGUGCCACCCCCUUUAUACCGGUGUAAACUAAUCGAAAAGUCGCGAAUAUUUUUUUUAUGUAUGAGCCUAGCUACGACCCGCAUGCGGUUUCUUCUUCUUUUGGGCAGCGCGUCGUCGUCGUCGUGGCAGUUGUUGUUAGAUUGUUGAUUGUUGCACUGGUUUUGCUGUCGUCGUUGUUGUUGUUAUUGUUGAUGGUGGUUUGAAGAGUUGCGAAUUGCGCGCGCGGAAUUCGCGCAACGUGUUCUACGAGCACCGCGGGUUUCCGAGAAAAAGAAGCCCGAACAUUCGGCGCAAGUUUGGUGGCGAAGAGUCGCCUUGCAGCCCCCCGCCAAAGGCUGUGAUGUGAGUUUCGCGCUACGCUGCUUAUUUUUUGUGCUGCUCCUGCUGCUGUUGGUGGUGUCCAGCCAGUGGCCAACGCGAAUUCCUGGCCUCGGCUUGCUUGGUAGCCGAACCACGAAGUCGCCUGACUUCACAGAGCGCACGGAGCAGAGCGGAGUCUUCGGUGUUCACAUUUCACCCAACGUCUUCGAAGUUGUGGCGCUGCGCCACAUAGUCGAAAAGUGAGGCGGUGGAGAAGAGAAAUACUGCGCUGUGAACCGCUGCUGCUAUCUUCAGAUAUCAUCGCCGCAGCGAAAGAGGGCGCGACUCCCGCGAGCUAGCAGUAUAAGAAGAAACGUCAGAUGCCAAAAUUUGUUGUUUAGUGUUUAUUGAUUGCGCGCAUAUUUUUGGGUCACACACCCGAGUGCAUCGUAUGUGUAUGAGUUAAGCGCGAGUUCUUUUUUGUUGGGUGCAAUAUUUAGAAAUAUAUUUAAUUGUUGACAGUCGUGCGCACGAGUGUAAAAUCGAAAGCGAAAGCGAAUUGUGUGCAUCAGCACCAGUAGUAGCGCGCGCGCCGUAUUGUGUCAUCCCCGUGACGAAAAGCGGCGCCGAUAUAGUUUCGUCUCUAACCGCGAGAAAUCCCAACCAGCCAGCGUUGCUGCAGUCGCCGUCAUCGUCACCUAGAUUACAUUCAUCGAACGCCACCCCGUAUUCAACAGCCUAGCAGACGAAUCAACCAACCAACCAACGGUCAAAAGAGUAACAAGGGAGAUAGUGUCCGUCAAGAUUCGGGCACAAUGAAGCAGAUCAAUCUGGAGGACACUCCGCUAACGAUGGCGAUAAUCGUGCGCCGUCGGGCGGAAGCCAUCAAGCACAACAGCGAGUGCGAAACGGACGACCAGAGACACAAUCAAACGUUUCCGCCACUCGGUACGGGUACCAUCGCGGCAUCGGACUCGGGCGUGUUCAUGUCUACCUCGGAUAUCGACCGGACGCACAGUGCCAGCACCAGCACGCAGCACUUGAGUGCCGUCGAAGAGUACACGGAAGGUCAAACGGCACCGACCAAGUCCAGUUACGUCAUCGGCGAACAGGACGAAGAUGAAGAAGAAGAAGACGAAUGCCAAGGCGUCGAAGAGGGGGAGGAGGAAGAGGAUGAAGACGCCAUCGAACUGGAUCAAUCACACGAGAGCAAGACUGAUAGUAAACUGAGCAAACGAGCUUGCCAGAGUCUACCGGACGUGAACAGUCCUCGGCCAAACGCUUUGAAAGCUAAAGGAACCACCUGUGAUAGUAGUAGUGAUAUACACGUAGCACCUAAGAAGGAUGAGAUUGAGCUGCGGGCCCCGUCGGAUGUGGCCAAGCCCUGCGAUACGGGGGGCCUGGGCAUCGGCAAGCAAGCGACGGCACCGGUAGCGUCGGGCCCGGCGCCGGCGGCCGCAGUCCAGCGGAAGACCAUCGAUCCCAGCCUGCUGCAGGCGUUCUCCAUCGAUCCGAAGCUGAUCAACAAGUUCGACGGGCUGGAGCACACGCUGUACUACAUCGACGAGAACGGCAGCCCGAAGCUGCGGGAAAAGUACUCCGUGCAGCAGCAGAUUGCGGCCGAGAAGAAGCGCCGCAAGAAGGCGAAGAAGCUGGAGAAGUACGGCCCGGACGGCGAGGACGAGUCGGCCCAGUGUACCUGCUUUAGCUUUAGUAGGCUGUCGAAGAAGUUCCGGGAUAUGUGUAAAGAUGGUUCAAAAGUGACAACGGUUGUGGCAACAGCCGGCCAGGGACCAGACAGACCACAGGAAGUAUCAUACACAGAUACCAAGGUGAUCGGCAAUGGAAGCUUCGGCGUCGUCUUCCAGGCGACGCUCUGUGAUACGGGCGAGCUAGUCGCAAUCAAGAAGGUGUUACAGGACAAAAGAUUUAAGAACCGCGAACUACAGAUUAUGCGACGGCUAGAACACUGUAAUAUUGUUAAACUAAAAUAUUUCUUUUACUCCAGCGGCGAUAAGCGUGAAGUCCCCUUCGACAUGGGCAUUUUUGGCAGUGCUCUUCAAUCGCAGAAAGACGAAGUUUAUCUCAACCUAGUGCUCGAAUAUAUUCCAGAAACCGUAUACAAAGUGGCCCGUUAUUAUGCUAAAAACAAACAAACGAUACCAAUCAAUUUUAUCAGGCUCUAUAUGUACCAGCUGUUCCGGAGUCUCGCCUACAUCCACUCGCUCGGUAUCUGCCAUCGUGACAUCAAGCCCCAGAACCUGCUGCUGGAUCCGGAGACGGCCGUACUCAAGCUGUGCGACUUUGGCAGCGCCAAACAGCUGCUGCACGGAGAGCCGAACGUGUCGUACAUCUGCUCGCGAUACUACCGGGCACCGGAGUUGAUAUUUGGUGCCAUAAACUAUACCACAAAGAUAGACGUCUGGAGUGCGGGAUGCGUUCUGGCCGAACUGCUCCUUGGACAGCCCAUCUUCCCCGGCGAUUCAGGCGUCGACCAGCUGGUAGAAAUCAUCAAAGUGCUCGGCACACCGACCCGGGAACAGAUCAAGGAAAUGAACCCCAACUACACGGAAUUCAAGUUCCCCCAGAUCAAGAGUCAUCCAUGGCAGAAGGUAUUCCGAGCACGCACCCCACCAGAUGCGAUCGCACUUGUAUCCCGGUUGCUAGAGUACACCCCGGGAUCGAGAAUAACACCGAUCCAGGCAUGCGCGCAUCCCUUCUUCAACGAGCUACGGGAGGGCAACAGGACACUACCGAACGGCCGCGAGUUUCCGCCACUGUUCAACUUCACAGAGCAAGAGCUAGCAAUUCAACCAAACCUAAACCUGAUACUGAGGCCCCGGAACCCGAACGACGCGAAAGCCGGCCAAUCGUCCAGCUCGACGGACGGCGGCAACAGUGGCAGCGGUGGCAACGGUGCCGGAGCCAACAGCAGCACAGGUUCCGUCAGCGGUAGCAACAAUAACAACAACAGCGGCCCAGGCAACGGUGGCAGUAGCAAUAGUGGCGCCGCGCCCGACAGCACCCAGGUGCAGGGCGGCGGCGCCAGCGGUAGCAACCAGGGGGUGGGAGCUGGGGCGCAAUCCGUCGGCGGUGCGGAGGAUAUUACGUCAUCACAGUCCGUACCCGGCGUCGACAGUAGUUCCAGUCAAGGAGCUAUAGCGUCAGCGGCAACUUCUACGAUGGGUUAGCUUUAAUUCUUACACAUUAAAAUAUUAUAUUAUAUAUUUUUUUAAUUUUAAAAUUAUUAAUUUAAUGCGAGGAUGGAAAUAAAAAAAGAAAACAAAAGAAACCAAGCAAAGGAUGAAAAACGAGGCAAAAUUGUGAAACAAAAGUUAAUAAAAUUACUAGCAAGGUAAAAACAAAAUUCAGCAAAACCCAGAAUUACAUAUUAAUAAACACAUAGACGAAUUAUUGAAUAUUGAAAAACUACCACACACAGAGGAAAGGAAUACCAACACUACUAAUCGUGCAGCACCUCGUGCAUAGCCGGAAUACGCGCGAGGUACUAACCAAGUAAAUUGCAAAUUUACACCUUCAACGAGAAAAAGAUAAAUUCAGAGAGUAAUAACUAUUUCAAAUCAAUAUUAUUCUUACUAAAAAGAAAAAUUUAACACACACACAUACACUCUCACACACACCAAACUACUAGAGGAUCAAAAGUCAGUCAGUCACCGUAAGCAAAAAAAAAGAAAUUACACAGACUUAUACGUUCUGGAUGAAAAUAGUAGUUUCAAUUCGCUAGUUAUAGUUAUUAAAAAGGAGCAAGUUUAGUUUUUCGUUCUCUUGUGACUGUUGUGCAAACUAAAAGAAGAAAAAAAGGAAAAAUAUUAAUUAUAAUCGUAAGCCGACAAAAAUAUACCCACAGAGAACUGUCUAUCAUACACACGGAUACACGGAACCCGUUGCAUGUGAGCUACAAAAUACGAGUCCGCGGCUGCACCAGCAGUCUUCGAUUGACGAAGGCUGAGCGGCCGCCACGGUAAAUCGCUUUUCUUUGUUAUUGCUUUCGGUUAGUCCCCUUUUUUAAUCGGUUUUUUCGUUUGUUUAUCUGUUUCUUUUUCUGUGUCGUUUUAACCCCCGCAAAGGAGGGAUUAUACCCCCGAGAGGUUGUUCCCCCGAGGGGUUUCCGUGCCGGGCUGCCGGCUGGAGAAUCCAGUUUCUUCUUUUACUUAGGUCAACUUUGAGGAAAGUGGGAAGUGUAUAAUGUUACAUAUAACUAAAUGAAGUAAAGUAAACAGAGAAUCAAAGUGUUAUGCCCCCGAAACUAUAUGCAUGAAGCAAAACAUAUGCGUUAGAAAUUGUGCGCGAAGCGCGUGCGAUUUUUUAAGAAAAGUGAAAAUUGUGUACGUGCAUCGAUUUCUAUUAUUUCAUUAAAUAAAUAACAAAACGAGAAAAAAAAUGAUGAAAGCGAGGCGAGCGUUGUACGUAUAUAUCUUGUGUAGUAGUGUGAAAAAUUUGUUUAUAUUACUAUUAACGAAGUAAAGGAACAUUAGCUACUAGAACACACUCAGUAGAAAAUGGAAGGAAAAUACACAAGUACCACUAAAUAAUUACAAGUACAGAUAGCAGUGUUGAGAGAGAGCGAGCGAGCAUUGUAAAAUGGUGAGGCAAGCAGCAGGAGAAAAUAGCAAGAAAAUAAAAAUACAAACCAGCAUUAUUCAAACUUCUUCUAAUCUUUGCAAAAUUUGUCAACUGAUCCAUACAGAACAAAAAGAACAGUCUCUCCAAUCAGCUGUGUCUACUAGUGAAUGAACCCUACACAGGAGACAAGCAUAAUUAUAAUAAUCAAACAAUAAAUUAUUUUAAAUAAAAUGAAGUACAGAGAAAUCACUGAGAAAAAAAAAACAAAUGGAAAAACCUGUUUUUGUAGCAUAAAGAAAGUAUAUAUAUUAAUGCAUAAGUAAUUUAAAUUUGAGUCUAAAAGAAACACAGAGAAAAACAAGUAAAAGAGAAGAAAAGUAGAUCUUCAUUGAUUAUUGAAAAUAAACACGGCGAAAAAGAAUCGAGAGCGCACUUGUUGCGAGAAGAAACUUGUGGGAAAAAGAAAAAGAAACUAGCCGAAAAUUGUAAUUAGCGUAAAACCACAAAAACACACACACAGUACCCAAUUGGAAAAUAUCGUUGUCGCCCUGAAACACAGUAAAAACAAAACAAACAACCCAACACCUGCAUACCCUUCACCAUUUGGUGGAUUAGGUGAAAAGAGUAAUAUUGAAAACAACAAAAGUAAAAAACAACACCCACACAGACACACAUAGUAACUGCUACAAUUUUUAGCUAUUAGAUAUUUUAAUCAGCUAGAAAAAAAAGUAAAUAAAGGAAAAAAUGUUAAGAGA